UGAAAACUUCUCAGUGGACGGUUUAUGUGCGCGAGGAGCGCUGUGACGGGAUUAUUUCAUGGGUCCAGUUUGAAAAUCUUUCCUCAGUUGGAACAGAAAGGCCAGGCUGAUUAAUUCUGACUUCACACCCAGGACCACCUGAUACUUGCUCCUCCAGAACCUUUCCCACACAAGUGUCUUUGUCUGCGGACCGGCUCCCAGGUUCGAGCAGAGCUGCCUGAUAAACUGAGAUGUCAUCCAGGAUGCAGAGCUCCAGCAGAACGGCUCAGGCCAGGCGGACGGUGCAGCAGCUGAGGAUGGAGGCCAGCAUCGAAAGGAUAAAAGUGUCCAAGGCUUCGUCAGACCUGAUGCGUUACUGCGGAGAGCACGCCAAGAGCGACCCUCUGCUCAUGGGCAUCCCCGCUUCAGAAAACCCUUUCAAGGACAAGAAACCCUGCUCUGUUUUGUAACGUCACGUUUAAACUCUUGCUCGUUUUUUAAUCGUAUGUGACACUCCUGUGGGUAACGAUGUUCACAACUCGCCUUUAAGGUUUGGUUUUUACUGUUCCACUCAGCUGCUGCAGUUUGGAAGGACCAAAGCCUUCUUUCGUCUGUCUUUGGGUCUGUGACUACCAGUGGUGGGCACAGCUUUCACAGCUAACCAGAAAGUUCGGUUCACUACCCACUAACACACUGGGAAUCCUAGCUCUGCUAACACUAAUCUGCUAAACAAAUAAAUAAAAUUAGUUGAAGCUAACGCUAACCACUAAGACAACAAGUGACAGCCUGGUGGGUCUGAUGCAAACCUGCUGUUAGUUCUCUAUUGGUUUAAUUUGAAUGUGGGCGGGAUCAUCUGUGGCCCAUCAGCCAAUCCAAACCACAGAUCCGUCAAACUUAUGCUACUUGUUUGCCUCUUUCAGAAUAAGUGUUUCUUUGAUAGUUUGUGUUUUUUGUUAAUACUGUUUGAAGUUAAUCAAACAACAAAAAGAAAAUACUCUCUACCAUAUUUCAUAUGUAAUCAGUUUUUAUAUUUGUUAUUAAAAUAUUGUCAAAUGUUCUUUUGUUUCUUUUUGACGCUUUUAGUUUGAAGUUUAGCUGCUAAAGAUGCUACAUGCUACAGCUACACACAUGGUGCCUGAUAAGAACAGAUGGCUUUUAUUUAAUUUGGGAUAAAUGGCAUAAAAAUAGAAGUUUUACACUCGGGAACUUUUUAGUGGACUUAAAAUUAGUGGAACAAAAAAUUUAGCAAACGCUAAUGGGUCUGCUAAUGGUUUCUAAAAUUGGCUAAAUGAGAAGCUAGUUCUGUGAUUAGUGGAUUAGGGGAAAUGUGCCCACCACUGGUGACUUCUUACAGACUCCAGCAGAAAUAAGUUUGCGUGAUGACCCUUUGGUGGCUUUGAGGUUCUUCAGACUUGUUUAAAAACUGAACUGACACAAGCAGCAGGGCGAAUGCUUGAGUAUAAUGAAAAAAGCAUCUGCAGAGCUGAUUAAAGUCUUUUUAUUAAAACAUAUUUGCCACUUGAUCCCAAAAACACGGGGUCAUCCGUGAUGACAUGAAAUAAGCAGAUUUUCACAUGUGAUGUUCAUGUGUUUUGUUUUUCGUAAGAUAUUUAAACGCUGACCUUCGGACUAUUCUGGUUUGUUUUUUUUUUCAGCAUGAAACAUGAAGAGUUUAUCAGAAUUAUUUUCAAUAAAUAUGUUUUGUCAGGAUUUUAUUCUUUAAACUGGAUCACGAGCUGUUACAGUUUAUGGGUGAGUUUCUUUUCAGUUUAAUGUUCUGAUUGUUUUUGGACCUGCUGUAAUAUGCUGUCAAUCAAAGGAUAACAGUCUGAGCAGCGUUACGUCACAUUAAAUUCACCUCAUUAAACACAGAGUGGGAGUGGCUGUAGACAGAAAGUAUAAUUAACAUACAAUCACAAAAUUAUUUUUUUAAUUCACCACCAGAUGUGACCAGAGGUGUCAGUGCAGCCCAAUUAGCUGGAACCGAUUUGUAAAAACAAGUCUGUGCAACAGUUUUUACAUUCUGAUAAUACCGAGACAACCACAGACCACAGCCUGAACAACUGCAUAGUUUGAUUUAUUGUCUCAGUUAUAGAUAAAUGAAUGCAUCACUGCGUUAAAGGUUUCUGUCAACAAGAUGUUGUCAUUAAAGAGCAUGACUUUAUUUUUGUAAAUACAGUAUUUUUUCACGAGUCUGUUGAUUUGUUUGAAACAGCCACACAAACAGUGAUAUAAAAACAUGAUUUCUCUUUAAUUUAUCCUGACAGAUGUUCAGCCGUACCUGAGACACAAACAUGGGUUUUGAUCAGAUAGUGAAUCCCACAAAUAUGAAAGGACCUUCUGCAUGUCUGACGCAUCUAUAAUGUUGAUUUUGUCACGCUACCUGGCUGAAACUAAUGUGUGGCUGAAACUAUUUCAAUCCUUUUACAUUUUUAUUAAAUACUUUAUUCAAAAACUGUGAAAAAUGAAGGCUGUUCAGAUGAAGUCUGGGAGGAUUUAGAUAUGGAGUUUUAAUUGUCACUGUAUUUCAUAAAGCCUUGUAUUAAAAUGAUUAUCUCAUAUG